AUGGCUCAAGGAAGACGAGGAUCUCGGAUGACUUGGAAUGAUGAUAAUGUGCGAACUGUACGAGGCAUCCGCCCUUCCUAUUUGACCCCUUCUCCUCCUGUCUCCUCUUCUGUCUCCUCUCCGUCCCCACACCAUCGUCCCAGUGAAGCUCACAAUAUCGCAAUACACCAGCUGUGGAACGUUAUCCUCAAGACCCAACGCGUGAACCUCGACGUGAACCUGGCGGAGGUUUCUGCCGCUUGGCCGGGAGAGCAACGCCCUACAGUGAUCGCUCUCGAAGGACAGUUGGCAGCCUUUCGUCGCCACCUCCCUCCCGGCAGCAACAGCAAAAUGGUCCUGCACCGCGGUAACCUAGACGCCGCUCUUGCCGCUCGAGCUGUUGGAAACAGGCAGGAUGUCACCAGCGCAAGUAUCCAAGACGAAGGUGAAAGGACCGCCCAAGCUGAUGCAGAGCCUACUCCUGAGAACACCCAAGUUAGAGCUCCAGCAAACGCCGGCACCCACAGGAAUACAACCAGGAUGGCUAACGCAACUGCGACUCCGCCUGCAGCUCGGACUGUGGCUCGGUCGACUAAUGCGCCUGCGACUACUAUCGCGACUCCGAUGACUACGAGUGCGACCACAACUUCUCCCCCGACCGCUAGCGUCACCUCGACCGGUCAUGCCUCAAGCAUCUCCCACGGCCUUCCUGGUUGGUCAACUCCUCCUGUCUCUAACCAGUGUAAGGCUAAGGAGCCUCAGGGGCAGUAUAUCCCGGUAUUCCUGCCGCCUUUUUCCACCCGAGAAACGCCUAGACGCACGCCUAAACGCACGCCUAUGAGCCUGGCGCUGCCCAAGAACAAAUCAUGUAUUCAGGAUAGUCUUCUGUUCGCGCUGGAACGGGCAGCUAGCCGGUGUGGUCGCUUGAAUAUGUUGCUAUACGGUGGUGUUAUGGAGGUAUAG